AUGGAUAAUAACAAUUCGAGGCCUUCUCUUCCGAAUACUAUGGACACAUGUGAUUGGAGAACUAAAUUACCAGCUCAUUCACGCCAGAGGAUCGUCAACAGGAUGUACUUUUACCUCGUUUCUGCAAAGUUCUCAUCUUUAGCGUUAUUUUGUCUUAUGCUUCCUAGAGAUAAUACAAUGUUACUAUGGUCUUCUUUGCCUAACAGUUCUGUUUCUUUACUCUUUUACUUGCGCAGAAUGGAAACACUACAGAAGAACAUUCCAUCUUCUGGACCAGAGGAUAUUAACGAGCUCAGAAGAAUUUCUGCCAGGUUCGAGGAGAAAAUUUUCAGCGGUGCGGUUAGCCAGACUGAUUACCUUCACAAAAUAUCCAUGAAGAUGAUGACUAUGGAGGCGAAUUCGCAAAAUGCAGCUGGCUCUUCCUCAUCCAUCGCUGCCGCUAAUAAUGGCACACCCACAGAUUCGAUACCCACCAAUCAAGGACACCUUCUUCCAGGAUCAUUACCAACCAACCAAUCUCAAGCAGCUCAGCCGUUGAUGUCCCAAACUAUGCAGAGUAAUACAGCCUCUGUAAUGACGGGUUCUACUGCUUUACCAUCUUCCAUGCCGCCGGUUUCUUCCAUAACCAAUAAUAACGUCACAAGCGCUGUAAACCAGAAUUCGAAUAUGCAAAAUGUAGCCGGAAUGUUGCAAGAUUCAUCUGGGCAGCAUGGCCUUUCAUCGAACAUGUUUUCAGGGUCUCAAAGGCAGAUGCGGGGCAGGCCACGUCUUAUGUCUUCACAGCAGCAACAGCAGCCACAGAGUGCACAAUCUCUUUAUCAGGAGCAGAAGCAGAAUUUUCAGUCGGGGAAUGUCCCCAAUCCCAAUUCUCUUUUGCCAUCACACAUGCAACAACAGCGACAAAAUCAACUGCAUUCGUCUCAACAGCCUGGUAUCCCAACAUCUACUACGCAGCCCUCCACUGUGAAUUCAGCUCCUCUCCAGGGUCUCCACACAAAUCAGCAAUCAAGUCCGCAGUUGUCUGCUCAGCAGACAACACAAUCUAUGCUUCGUCAGCAUCAAUCGUCGCUGUUAAGGUCACAUCCACAGUCACAACAAGCCUCUGGCAUGCAUCAGCAAUCAAUUUCUCCUCUACAACUGCAGCAAACACAAACGAUGCGGCGACAAGCUGGCCAUGGCUUGUUUUCUACUCAGGGACAACAACAGUCACAUACUCAGCCAUCCCAACAGCAGAUGAUGCCCCAGCUUCAAUCACAUCAUCAGCAGCUAGGUUUGCAACAACAACCGAAUCUGAUACAACAGGAUGUGCAACAAAGGCUACAAGUUUCAGGCCAGGUCACAGGCUGUCUGCUUCCACCUCAAACUCUUGUGGACCAACAGAGACAAUCCCAAAGAACCCUUCCAGAGAUGCCAUCAUCAUCGCUGGAUUCGAGGGCACAGACGGAAAAUGCAAAUGGAGGUGAUUGGCAAGAAGAGGUUUACCAAAAGAUCAAAUCCAUGAAACAGGCGUACUUACCAGAUCUGAAUAAAAUCUACCAGAGAGUUGCAUCCAAGUUGCAGCAAGAUUCUCUUCCGCAACAACAAAGAUCAGAUCAGUUCGAGAAACUGAAACAAUUCAGGGCAGUGUUGGAGCGAAUGAUACAAUUCCUAUCUGUUUCAAAGAGAAAUAUCAUGCCUUUAUUAAAGGAUAAGGUGACUGAUUUUGAGAAGCAGAUUAUAGAUUUCUUAAAUAUGCACAGGAGGAUAAUACAGGAAGGGCAGCUUCCGCAAUCUCAGAUGCAGCAACCUGUGCAGCAACCACAAUCUCAAACCGUUCGAGAUCAAUCUCAUGAUAGUCAAAGAAAUCAGCAGAUGCAAUCAAUGAGCAUGCAGGGUUCUGGCCCAAGGGCACAACAGAGUAGUCUGACAAAUAUGCAGAACAAUGUUCUAUCAUCUCGUCCUGGAGUUUCAGCUCCACAGCAGAAAGUUCCCAGUUCCAUACCGGGUUCUAGUUUAGAAUCAGGCCAAGGAAAUGCACUGAAUAAUGGCCAGGGUCAGCGUGCGACUUACCCUCGUCAACAGUUAAAACCAGGAUUCCAACUUUCUGCUUCGUCGCCUCAACUUCUGCAAGGUGCAUCUCCUCGGAUGAAACAACAACAUAUGUCUCCUAAGGUCGACCAGAGAAAUCUGCCAUCUGGCAACAAAAUGGGAACUCCAUCGCAAUCUGCAAACUCCCCUUUUGUUGUCCCAUCUCCUGCAACCCCCUUGGCUCCGUCCCCUAUGAAAGUUGACUCUGAGAGACCUUCUUUGUUGCCAAUGGGAAAUAUUGCACGCCAACAAGCAACUGGCAUGCAAGGUGUAGUUCAAUCCCUUGCAACUAACACUCCAGGGAUCUCUGCCUCUCCUCUCCUUCAGGAGUUUAGUAGCCCUGAUGGAAAUAAUUUAAAUCCUUCGACAAGUACAUCUGGAAAAUCGAGUGCGGCUGAGCUUCCUAUUGAACGCCUUAUUAGAGCCGUAAAGUCCAUCUCACCACAAGCGCUUUCUUCUGCAGUAAGUGACAUUGGAUCUGUUGUAAGCAUGGUUGAUAGGAUAGCUGGUUCAGCCCCAGGAAACUGUUCAAGAGCAUCAGUCGGCGAGGACUUGGUUGCGAUGACUAAGUGCCGUCUCCAAGCAAGAAACUUCAUGACGGAAGAGGGAAUGAUGGCGACAAAUAAAAGGAAGCGUGACACUACUGCAAUGCCGUUAACCAUUGCUUCGCUUGGAAGAAGUGCGAAGGUGUAUGAAUGA